CACGAACAUGUGAUACACUUCUCAAUAAAAAUCCCCAUCCAUUCUCCCUUCCUUCCAUCCCCUUCGAUAAUCCACCCCCAUCCGUUGGAAACCUCAGCUGCACUACCCUCUCGUGUUUCUCGCGCCCCAAUUAAUCCACGGGCCACAACGUUUUACCUACCGUCUCCCCCCACCUACAAGAAAUCAUUUCUACGACGCCUGCUACCUUUGGUAAAAAAAACGGAGCAUAUUUUGCUUCUUCCCUGUUCAAUCUUACCACCGGCAGGCAAGGCGAGGUCUAUUUAUUUAUUUACCGCGCGAGGCGGCCACUACUACUACUAGGACCAAACAGGGUCAAAGCAGCUGCAGUAGUUGCAUCAGUGACGAAGGGUUCUAAUGCCUUUCUGUCCCGCCUCGCAUUAAUUCUUUGGCUUGGUUGGAUGCGAGAGAAAAAAGAGGAGAGAUUUUGGUAGAAUUGUGUUCGACCAGCGGGUGGCGAGGUCGGCGGCGAGGUGGUGGUGGUGCGCACAUGCUCGAGGUGCUGGACAUGGCGCCGCCCCGGCACCAGCCGGCAGCUGGGAAGGCGGGCGGCGGGCGCGGGCAUGGGCAUGGGCAUGGGCAUGGUGGUGGUGGUGGUGGGCCGGCGGCGAGGAAGCAGCCGUUGCAGAGUAGCAUGGCGCAGCCCAAGGCGGAGACGGCGGCGGCGACGGCGGCGGUCGCGCCGCCGGAGGGAGGGAAGAAGUGCGGCGGCGGUGGCGGGAGGCGGCGCGGCGGGCGCGGGCGCGGCGGCAGGGCGGGUGCGGGGCCGGGGCCGGGGCUGGCGGCGGCGCCGGCCGUGGUGGUGGCGCCCGCGGCGCGCGCCGUCAUUGGGCCGCCGGUGGCGAGCAAGGGGCUGUCGUUCUGCCGGCGGCCGGGGUUCGGGACGGUGGGCGCCCGGUGCGUCGUGAAGGCGAACCACUUCCUCGCCGAGCUCCCCGACAAGGAUCUCACCCAGUACGACGUGAAGAUCACGCCGGAGGUGAGCUCCCGGAGCGUGAACCGGGCAAUCAUGUCGGAGCUGGUCCGCCUCUACCACGACUCCGAUCUCGGAGGUCGCCUCCCGGCCUACGACGGCCGCAAGAACCUCUAUACCGCCGGGACGCUCCCGUUCGACGCGCGCGAGUUCGUCGUCCGCCUCACCGACGACGACGACGGCACCGGCGUCCCGCCACGGGAGAGGGAGUACAGGGUCGCCAUCAAGUUCGCCGCGCGCGCCGACCUCCACCACCUCCGGCAGUUCAUCGCCGGGCGCCAGGCCGACGCGCCGCAGGAGGCUCUCCAGGUGCUCGACAUCGUGCUCCGUGAGCUUGCCAACCGCAGGUAUGUCUCGAUAGGGCGGUCGUUCUACUCGCCGGACAUAAGGAAGCCGCAGCGGCUCGGCGAUGGCCUACAGUCAUGGUGUGGGUUCUACCAGAGCAUCCGGCCGACUCAGAUGGGGUUGUCGCUUAACAUUGAUAUGUCAUCUACCGCGUUCAUCGAGCCGCUACCAGUGAUCGAAUUCGUGGCCCAAAUACUAGGGAAGGAUGUCAUAUCGAGGCCAUUGUCGGAUGCAAACAGAAUCAAGAUCAAGAAAGCCUUGCGGGGCGUGAAAGUUGAAGUCACUCACCGGGGAAAUGUGAGGCGGAAGUAUCGCAUUUCAGGGCUGACAACACAACCAACUCAUGAACUGAUUUUCCCAAUCGAUGACCAAAUGAACAUGAAAUCUGUCGUAGAGUAUUUCAAGGAAAUGUAUGGCUUCACCAUUCAGCAUCCCCAUCUUCCCUGCCUUCAGGUGGGAAACCAAAAGAAGGCAAACUAUCUACCAAUGGAGGCCUGUAAGAUUGUUGAGGGUCAGAGAUAUACAAAGAGGUUGAAUGAAAAGCAGAUCACAUCAUUACUCAAGGUUACUUGCCGUAGGCCUAGAGAACAGGAGAUGGAUAUUCUACAGACAGUUCAACAAAAUGGAUAUGAGCAAGACCCUUAUGCAAAAGAAUUUGGAAUCAACAUUAGUGAGAAGCUAACCUCAGUUGAAGCUCGGGUCCUUCCUGCACCUUGGCUGAAAUAUCAUGAUACUGGGAAGGAAAAGGAGUGCUUGCCACAAGUUGGUCAGUGGAACAUGGUGAACAAGAAAGUGAUAAAUGGGUGCAAGGUGAAUCAUUGGGCUUGUAUAAAUUUCUCAAGGAGUGUGCAAGAAACUACUGCUCGGGGAUUCUGCCAGGAGUUGGCACAAAUGUGUCAGAUAUCCGGCAUGGAAUUCAACAGUGAGCCUGUGAUACCAAUAUACUCAGCUAGACCAGAUCAAGUAGAGAAGGCGCUUAAGCAUGUGUAUAAUAUGUCAUUAAACAAGCUCAAGGGAAAAGAGCUUGAGCUUCUUUUGGCCAUCCUCCCUGACAACAAUGGUUCUUUAUAUGGUGAUAUAAAACGUAUAUGUGAAACUGACUUGGGGUUGAUAUCACAAUGUUGCUUAACCAAACAUGUUUUCAAGAUCAGCAAGCAGUACCUGGCAAAUGUCUCACUUAAAAUCAAUGUUAAGAUGGGAGGAAGAAACACCGUGCUGCUGGAUGCAAUAAGUUGGAGGAUUCCUUUGGUCAGUGACAUACCAACUAUUAUAUUUGGUGCAGAUGUCACGCAUCCUGAAACCGGGGAGGACUCUAGCCCAUCCAUUGCUGCUGUUGUUGCAUCUCAAGACUGGCCAGAAGUUACAAAGUAUGCUGGAUUGGUGUGUGCUCAGGCUCAUCGGCAAGAGCUCAUUCAAGAUCUUUACAAGACAUGGCAUGAUCCUCAAAGAGGCACCGUAACAGGAGGCAUGAUCAGGGAGCUCUUAAUAUCCUUCAGGAAGGCCACUGGGCAAAAGCCAUUGAGAAUAAUUUUCUACAGGGAUGGUGUCAGUGAAGGCCAAUUCUACCAAGUUCUCCUCUAUGAGUUGGAUGCUAUCCGCAAGGCAUGUGCAUCUCUAGAACCAAAUUAUCAGCCUCCUGUAACAUUCGUGGUUGUCCAAAAGCGUCACCAUACAAGACUCUUCGCAAACAAUCACAAAGACAGAAGUAGCACGGACAAAAGUGGAAACAUUUUGCCUGGAACUGUUGUUGAUUCAAAGAUCUGCCACCCAUCAGAGUUUGAUUUCUACCUCUGUAGCCAUGCUGGAAUUCAGGGAACAAGUAGGCCAGCUCACUACCACGUCCUUUGGGAUGAGAACAAUUUCACUGCAGACGAAAUGCAGACAUUGACAAACAACCUUUGCUACACUUAUGCACGGUGCACACGCUCUGUUUCUGUUGUUCCACCUGCAUACUAUGCGCAUCUGGCUGCGUUUCGAGCGCGGUUCUACAUGGAGCCAGAGAUGUCGGAGAACCAGACGACGUCGAAGAGCUCCACUGGGACGAACGGAACCUCGGUGAAGCCAUUGCCUGCGGUGAAGGAGAAGGUGAAGAGGGUGAUGUUCUACUGUUGAUGACUGGGAGACUACCUUUAACUACUCACAUAUGAUGUACCUAACAUUGUAGAAUUUUAGUGGUAGGGAUUUAGAAUUAGCUUCCUUCAGGAAAGGGAGCAGAGCAAGCAUUUGGAUCCUGAGCGACCUCUUUUGACCACUCUGUAAAGUACUAAGUAACGCAUGUAUAAUAGUUGUUGUAUCAGUCUGAAAAAAAGGAAGUGCACUCAGUGCUUGUUUUUCCAGUUCUA